UCAAACUGAGCCUUCGUGCUUGUGUUGUUUACGUGUCUUGCCCAUCGCUCAGGCCUGCCUAUCGUGGAAGUAAAAUGUAAGCCAGCUGGUGUAUACUUGACGUUGGGAAUAUGUCCCUGAGCUGAGCUCUUGCACUGUUCGUUUUUGUUUUGUCCUUCCCCCAAGCUCAUGGACAAUUUCCGUCAUAUGCAAUUUAUUUUAUUGCAUAAACCUCCUGCACGUGAAAGCUGCAACGAGCUUCGAACUGUGAAGGUGGACGGAACCUAGAAGUGACUGUACUAAAGCAGUGCAACUGUUGAGGAGGAGGCGGUUGAAGUUGGUUUCGAUGACGUGAGAUUAGGUAACGCGAGUUUAGGGCCUGACGAACCAUACUUGGAUCCACUCCAGAAGGGACAAACGUCCUCGGCAACGACCAUUGUUGCACAGGUAUACCACAGCGGUCCUCCUUAUGAUCUCAUCAACAGCAGUCAUUGCGAUGGUGAUCCUCUACCACGCUCUCAAAGCCACUCCAAAAUACGCUAGUAUUUUAAGCGGAAUUCCACUCUCCGUCGACGCAAAAGGUCCUCGCAAGCUCGCUCCCGAGAUCAACAAACCAUACGCGAACCACGGCUAUAGUUUCGUUAUUUAUCAUAAGAAUUCCACUCUAAUGGACGCAUCACAUCGUGAAGAAGAAAGAAAAGAAAAUGUUAUGACAAGCACAUCAUAUGCCGUCAGAAGCAGAGCUGGAAACAAGAAAACGAGGACCACCCGCAUUGCAGUCAACGGGACUGCUAAAAAGCUCCGCACCAUCAUCUUAAUCAAGCAAGACAAGUUGAAAUGGGUACAGAAGAACCUGCCAUUUCCAUUGGAUAAUUUCACGAACGGAAGCAAGUGGGCCCCACGCGUUCGACGACUCUGCAAUCUAAGUCGAGUCGAGACUCUCUUACUGUUCCACAGUGACCCAAGACAUGCGGAAAGACGUCAUUUCUACAGAGUUACUAUUGGACAUCCUAGUUUAGAGUAUCGAUUUGGGUGGACUGUGUUGUUUGUGGUUGGAAGUCGUCAGGAUCCGAACUUAACCGCAGACCUGGCAGCAGAAAGUAGGAGAUACGGCGAUCUAGUCCAGCUUCCGUUCAUCGACAGCUACCGAAACUUGACCUACAAAUUUAUCUACGGAAUGCGUUGGGUACUUCUCAACUGCCUAACCGUCCAGACAAUCGUCAAGCUCGAUGAUGACGUUUUCGUGCAUGUACCGAUGUUGUCCAAGUACUUGCGGAAGAAAUUUAACCCACAGCAGAUGUCAAUACACUGUUCCGUGUACAGAGACAACUUCGUCGUGCGCAACCCAAAUAGCAGGCACUAUUUAAGCCUUAAGCAGUACCCCAAGAGAAUGUUCCCACCGCACUGUCAUGGGUGGGCCAUGAUAUUCCCGGCUUGGCUGAUGUACCCUUUGUACGCUUCAUCAUUUCAUGUACCGGUACAUGGCAUUGACGACGCUUAUGUUACGGGCGAUUUAGCGUCAGCCUGCGGAGCGAAGCACGUGGACAUCACGUCUCAGAUGUCGUCGUCGGAGGGCAAUCUAUUAGAGACUGCGUUAGGGCAAUACAUAUUUGCAUUGUAUUCUGGCGAGAGAAAACUGCCAUUGCAUAACUUGUUGUGGAGGACCUUGGUGCAGAUGCGACAUGAACGUUCGGCUGCUCUCGCACUGAGUCGGACGAUUAUGUAGUGAGUUUGCAGGAAAACAGCUUUGAUUGCAAAAAAAAAAAAAAAAAUGGGCAUAAAAUAUCGGGAAUUUAGUGUGAACAAACGCAUGCAUGUAGUCGUCAGCUUGUAUGGUGUGGAUUAGAACUGAUGCAUCGAAACUUGUAUCGAAAUGCAUUCAGAAUGUAGAGUACACAAAGCCUAGUCCGGGAAUCUGUAUAAUGACUAAGGAUCACGGUUCAACGGGGAACACAUUUGUGAAGAUUACUUAUUCAGUGGAUUGAUCUGAGCUGAACCUUUCACUGCGUCAUUUUUCGUCUGAGCCUUUCACUGUCUCUUGCGCGAGCUUUAUUCGAUGCAAUCGUUCAUUCGAUGAUGGGUGUUCUGUUUUCAGAUACUGAAAUUUCUUAUUGCUCGCUGAGCUAGGGUAUAUGUGAGGGACAACCUUUUGUAAAUAAGCAUGUUAAAUGGGCUGGUCGAAACUGGCUCAUCACUAAACAAAUACUGAUACAUGAAAUAAAACUACGUUCGCCGCUCUGU